AUGACAACGAAAGAGAGGAACGUGCACUGGGUCCAUCAAGGUAAUAGAAGACACCACAAAGAAAACAUGGGAAAAAGGAUGUCCUUAUCAAACAAACGCUUCAUGAAGGAAAAGCUCAUAAAUUUUCAGAUGAAUGAGGAUGGAAAUUUCACGAAGUAUCUUAACACCUUUAAUAGGUGUAUUGCAGGCUUGCAUAAGAUAGACAUGGUUUAUAGCACAGAGGAUGAGGUGUUGAUGUUGGUGUCAUCGUUGCCUCCAUCCUAUGAACACUUUUGGAAGACGUUCAUGAUUGACAAUAGUACUCUCAAUUUUGAGGUGGUGGUGCAAAACUUGGCACAUCAUGAGUUAGCUCAUAAUUCUAAAGAUAGCUCUCAAGGUCGCGUCUAUUAA